AGGAGAGGAGAGAUGACGUCGUCUGCCAAACAAACUAGAAACUAACCUCUCUCAAUUUUAUUUAUAAUAUAUCUAAGACAUAGAAUUUAACUGCAUUUAUAACAAAUAGACUAAUUAAUUAUAACAAAUUAAAAUGGAUGACGAUGUUGUGGCACUACAAAGACUGGAGCAUUUAAUGACUGAAUUUUUUUCACCUGAAACAAAUAAUGAACGUAAACGAACGAUUGAACAGAGCCUUCAUGAAUUUGCUGCUCAGAUCAAUUCCUGGAGACCUUGUCUUCAUUUCUUGUCAUCGACAAAUAAUCAUUAUGUCAGUAUGUUCGCCUUAUCCACAUUGGAGACAACUAUUGGAAGACGAUGGCCAAUUUUGCCAUGGGAGGAUAGAGCGUUAAUUAGAUCAACUUUAUAUACACUUUCUCUCGAACGUGGAGUUGCUCCUUUCGUUAGAAAUAAAGUAGUUAAACUGGUCGUCGAUAUUGCGAGACACGAUUGGCCACAUUUUUAUCCCGAUUUCUUUGCGAAUAUUUUACAGUUAUUGGGCCACAAACAUACAAGACUACUUGGUUUAGUUUAUUUACGAACAGCGUCCGAGGAAUUAGCAACUCCACGAGAAGAUUUGCCAGUUCAUCGAAAGGACGAAUUAUUGAGAAUUCUCGGAGCACAAGUAUCGACAACUCUCGAUGUACUAACAGGUUUGCUACGUGAAACGAAUAAAUCUCAAAAUCGUUCGGGUACAAUAACACCGCCACCAUCACCGACGGGUGGUCAUAAUCAUAUUCCUCCGAUACGUGCUGUUCUUGAUGUUGAAGGAUUGUCAUUAGGCAGUAAUGAACUUUGUAUAGCGACACUCGAAGUUUUAGCUCAUUUAUUUAGUUGGAUAAUACUUUCCGAGCACAUUACGCCGAAUUUAUUGGAUGCCAUAUUCGCAUGUGCCAAAUAUCAUGAUUCAAUGAAUGGUAAGCAGAUUGAAACGGCUGUUCAAGCAAUGACAACGAUAAACGAAUUAUUGUACAGACCGUGUUCACCAAGUGUAACUGAUAGACUGCUUCUACAAAUUUUUCAUAAAGUCAUUGAAAUAUUUCAAUCCAUGGAGCGAUUGGAUACAAUCGACGAAAGCUACAUGGAGAAAACAACAGAAUUUUUACAAUUAUUUGUCACGAAUCAUUUGAAACGAGUUGAAUCGUGUCCAAAAUUUCCAGUGAAUACAUUAUUAGAAAUUUUAUAUCAUCAUACAUUUCAACAAUGUUCGACAAUCAAUGGAUAUUUGCGUUGUUUGGAAGUGUGGAUUGUUCUUUUAGAGAGUAGUCAAUCACAAUAUGCCACUAUUGCACAAGCUCUCGCUGAACGUAUCUUACAAAAAAUUAGUUUCAAAAUUGAAGCACGAACAUUAAAAUAUCUCGAUACGGAAAAUCUCGACGAGAAUGACGAAACAGAGUGGCAACAUUUUUUAAGAUGCAACAUUGAAUGUUUAGCAAAAAUUGCAGAUAUAUCUCCCGUCCCAAUUUUUACACUAUUGUAUCGAUCAUGGAGAGAGGCGUUAGGCGUAUUUGGUGAAUUGGGAAAUGCAGUAUCCAAUGGACAAGUACUUUUACUAAAUGAAAAUGAAGCUUCGGGUGUUCACGCACAUUUACGAGAUUUAGCGUCCACGACUCAAGCUUUAGCUCGACUUUAUACACUUUUUAGUGGCGACCAAAUGAAUUCGGAUCACGUGUUAACUGAAGAAUUAAUCGUACAAACUUUAGAAGCCUGUGCAUUCGCCAGAGACAAUCAAUUAUUUCGAGCUGCUCUUCAACCCGCAGAAAUCGUUCUCGAUCUCAUUGAAGUACACUCACAAUUGUUGGCAUCGUUGCAAGCAUGGUGCCAUUGGAUUUGUCGACAACCGGAAAAAAUUAGAGAAACAUUGAGCGAACGUUGCACACAAUCGUGCCUUUGGGCAUUAACUUAUACAUCGCAUUGCGAUUUACCGCCAGCGAAUUUAAUUCAUUCGGCUGCGCAUUUAUUGCAAAGUAUCACAGCCAUACUUAAACCAAAUUUAUGGGAACAAUCGCCCUUCACUGAUUUACUCUGCACACAAGUGUAUCCACAUUUGAAACCCGAUACUGUCAAAGUAUUACGAAGGGCAUUAACAAACGGAAUUAUUCUUCCACACGGGGACAAUGCCAUGCGACAAAGAUUAAUGAAUAUUCUUGUAGCGGCUCUCUCGGAACCUUUAGGAGUUGAAGGACAACCGGUACCACCAGAUUCGGCAGUAUCGUCGGCAGUUGUUCCAUUGAAACAACUCCUUGAAGAUUGUUCCUCCUCAUCGACAAUGAUUAAAAAAUUAGUUCAUUCGAGUUUGGAGCAAUCUGUAAAAAGAAUAUUGGAACUUUUACCCCAUCUUAUUCGUAAUCAGGGAACAAGUGAAACACUACUUAGUUUUUUGCAUACGGCAUUUUUAGUUCUUCAACAACAACUUGGAGCUGAAUUCACUCAGAAUGCGGUGCAAGAAAUGUUACACGUUUAUACCAGGGAAAAUAUCUCGUCAGGAGCAGCGCUUGAUCAACUCUUGGAAAUUUUAAUUUUGGUCGUGUCAGCUCCUAGUAAUGCAUUUAAGGCGUUUGUUCCCUCUGUUACUAGUUUGUGCCUUGGACACGUUUGGCCAGCAGUAAGCAACGAUCUUAGUUCACAUCCUGACACGACACUCGUUUUAUUGCGAUUAUUUCACAGUAUUUUAAUUCAUCGUUGGCAAUAUUUUUAUAAUUCGUCGAUACUUCGAACUUUCGGUCAUCCGGAAGGUGAAGAACCUAUUGAACACAAGGAGGAACUUGUGGCAAUUUUAGAAGCCUUUGGUCAAGCUUUACUUCAAUCUGACGUUAAUAUUUUUCGUCAGAGUCUUCAAAGUCUCGAGCAAUUGAAUGGACGAUGGCGACUCUAUCAGCGUUCAGUGUUUAAAAAUCAUCUUCUUGAAAGAUUUCUCAUGGCUCUUUUCACUGUUCUUUUUCAUCGAUCUCAUAAUUUGUUAGCAGACGAAAUAGCAAAUGCAAUUCAUAGUCUUGCGACUGUUGAUAUCGCUUGGUUUUUUGGUAAUUUUAUACCAACAUUUUUGACAAGCUGCGAAGGCUUGGAUAAUGUACAACGAUCGACUUUGAUGGAAAAUUUCGAUAAAUCAACUGAUCAACCGACAUUAACGCGAUCAGUUCUUCGACUGGUUUCUGAUUUAAGAUGUUAUCAGUUGUGCAGGCCCGGAUGAAAAAUCGUUUACGAUUGCAAUCAAGAGUAUUUUAGAUAGUCUCUAUUAUUAUUUUUUGAAAAAUCUUUUCCUUUAUGACUUUUAGUCUUCUCGAUCGAUAUUAACACUUUUAAAAAAAAAUGACAUUGAGAAUAGAGACGAAUUAGGAAAUAAAUUAAAUUCCUGCAGUUUUUCAGAUAUAAAGAAAUUUACAAUUUAAUUGAUCAGUUUUAGAAUAUUAAUUUAAAGUAUCGCUUUUAUGAGAAAAAAUAUAAUGAAGAAAUUAACAAAUUAUAAAAUAAAUUAACUAAAUAUGUUCAAUAAAUGAUGAACUUAAUUAAAAAUGAAUUUAACUCAGGAAUUUAAUUUUUUUGAAAUGUGAUAUUAACCAGUGAGAAUUUAGUGUGAUUGAGAAGAUAAUUGUCUUAAAGGUUGAAAAAAGGGGAUGAAAAUUUAAAAAAAAAAUGUAUGUUUUUGUGAUGAAAGUAUAGCGCACACGAAAUUUUUAUUUUGUGUGCCAAGUGACCAACAGUGAAUUUUCUUUAUAUUAUAUACGUAUAUUUAUAUAUAUACGUAACUAUGUACAUGCAAUCAAUGAAUUUUGCAAACAUUUUUAUGUGAGAAUCACUGCCGCGAUUUUAUGAAAAUUAUAAUUAAGUAUUAACUGUUUUAAAUAAAAGAUGUUUUAUACAA